AAUAAGUCAGCAUAUAAAUCAAUAAAAACAUAAUUCAUAAGAGAUGUCAACAAUUUACGGACGAGAUCCACUAGAGGGAUUAUGGAAAGAGAUUCUGGACCUCCAUUGGAACUACCUCGAACUAGAAGAGAGCUUAAAAAAGAUUGAUGAACGGAAGAAGUUGGAAGGACGUUUAAGGGAAUAUAUAAGCAUUGUGCCACACGAUAGAAAAUUCUUUUUACCUGAAACGGAGCACGUACUGCGUGUGAGCAUCACACAAAUGAGAGAUUUUUCGGCAUUCAAAGGUGCCAUUGGUUUUGAGUCAAUUAGUCAAUAUGCAAAUAAUCUUUUUACAAAACCAUGGCGGAAGGAGUAUAGAGUCAUUAAGAUGUAUUCGGGAUUUUAUCAACAUGAAAUUAAAAAUAAUCUUCUUGACGCAGAGAAGAUAUUUAUUGCAAUGGGUUAUAAGCUUAUGCCAAAUCAAACUCUCGUGCUUGACGGUCCAAUAUGUCCCGAUCAGGUGACAAAUGUUAGUCGUGAUGCCCUUACUGCUUACGUUGAGUGUCAAAUCAUGAAGCAAGUCAAUUCUGAACUGACUACACUUGGAUUGGCAACGACAUGGAAUGAUAUAUUUAAUUUUCGAGAAUGUCACAUUGGUGACUCGUCGCAGACAAUUAAAGGUUUAAAUCAAAUUUUACAAUCACGUCAAAUGCAAAUACAUGGUAUUUUAAGAAAAGAUCCAUAUGCUUUGGCUCUUCCAUCACCGCCUAUGCACCAUCAUCAACAACAUUAUCAACAGCAAGCUCAAAUUUGUAGUUCACAUUGUAAUAUUCAUCCGUUACAAUAUAAUCAAUCGUUACCACCUCCACCUCCACCAUUAGCACAACAAAAUUCAUAUUAUCAUCAUUACAAUCAGCCAUGCACCCAUCACAUGCAAAAUUAUGUGCCACAACCACCAACAGCUAAUUGCUAUCAACAUCAUUUACCACAUUCUAAAUCAUUAGAUCAGUAUGAUGGUAAGAUACAAGGAAAUGGUAAUAUCAAUCAUCAUCAUCGUCUAUCAUUAGAUCAUAAUUAUAAAAUGGCACAGCAAUUACAUCAGCAGCACUUAUCACCGACAACUCAACAAUCAAUGCAACAGCAACAGCAGCAGGCGCCACCUCCAUUUGAUUAUAUUGAUUCCGCCUAUAAUCAUCCAUAUAAUCAGCCAAAUUCAAGAGCUCCAUUACCUUAUAAUCUUUCAUCAAAUUUAGGUCAUGACACCGGAGGAGGUUAUUAUCCACAAGAUCAAUCAAAUCAAAUGCCCAAUCAUCAUCCGAGAAUGUUCAGCACAAAUGAAUUUUUUCAGCAACAAUUAAUGCAAUUACCAACAACUGUGAGUGACUAUCAUCAACAGCAACAACAACAGCCGUCGUAUCAUCAUCAAAAAUAUUCUGAAUCAUCAUCACCAGCGAUUCAGGACGAGCUUAUUUCUUUCACAAAUGAGCCAAUUCGAGUAGGAAGUAAAACGACCGAGGUUAAAUUAAGGAGUAGUUUAAAGAAAAGCACCCACAGUACAUCUGAUAGCGUUGACAUGGAACAAGAAUUGAAUGAAUUGAGAGCACUGAAACGUGAAAAGUCAUUAACGCCUGCAAGUACGAGCAGUGAUGUGAAAACACGUGACGGUAUCGGAAAUUAUCAGGCAUGGGAUUACGUCUUUCAAAACCUCGAAAAAGAUAAUGAGAAAAAGAGUAAAGUGAGUACGGCAGAUGAGAAAAUUGCAGCCGAAUUAGAAAAUUUAAAAAUUAAAGCCAAUGGACAUGGACCUCCACGGGAUCGUCUAUCGUCUAACCACAAGAGCAAUAAUCGAACGUUAGAAAAGACUGGACAGACCAGUACAUCAGUACAAACCAAACAUAGAACAAAAUCUGUUUCAACAACAACCGACACACAGCCGGUAAGCAAUCAUGAGCACAAGCGAACAUUAUCUGUGAUGGAAUGCAAUCAAAGAAUACAAAUGCCAUCGCCACCUGAAUUGAUUGUCGGUCCUAAUGAGUGGAGCUGUCGAUUUUGUACGUUUCUUAAUCCAAAUACGAAAAAGAUUUGUGAGAUGUGUAGUAAGUCAAAGGAUUUUUUCUUUGAUGCUGAUAAGAAUGCGGCCACUGCUACGUGUGUCUGAGAUAAGGUUAAAAAUCGUAAAUUUUAAAUUUACCUUUUUUGUUAU